AUGGGUAAGAAGAAGAAAGAAAUUCAAGUGCCAGGAUUACCAGAGCCAUGGAAAGCAUAUUAUUCGGAGAAAAGAGAGCGAAUAUUUUAUUUCAAUACGGAAAUGAAACAGACAACAUGGGAAAUGCCGGUUGAGAACAAACCUUCGAGACAGUCUGAUCUGUCUCCGAAACAACCAGAUGCACAACACCAACAAGGAAUUUCAGAUGUGCUAGAAAAAAGAAAUCUUACCUCUCGAAGAAGAGAGUCAUGGGGAGUUGGCGGGAGGAGAAUGUCAGAUAAACUUGAUUGUUUGCAUGGCUUGAAUACAAAUGAAACAAGUGAAGAGCUGAUGGAAAUCGAUGAAAUUGAAAUAAACUGUCAUGGAGAGCCGAUGGAAAUCGAUAUCGUUGUUGAAGAAAUACAAGCUUUUCGUCGGGAACACUUUUUGCACCCAAAUCUAUUUGCCAAAGUUUCUGUUUCUGCGGCACCGUUUUUUCAUAAUAAUGCGGGAGCUCGUGAAACAACCGAAAAUACUAAUAUGGUGCUUUUAGUUUUUGACACGAGUUGCCUUCUCCAAGAUACAGCACUAUUGCCAAUGUGCAUCCAAAAAUUGUACUGGUCACUUAUUCCAUAUACAGUUCUCCAGGAAUUAGACGGCUUGAAGAAAGCAAAAUCUGCUGAACUGCGAUCCAAAGCCGUGAAAACAAUUGGUUAUCUACAUGAUUGUGUAAAGCGUGGAUGCAGUUAUCUGUUUAUAGAAAAUACUUUUGAGGCUUCAAAUGGUAUGGAGGAAUUCGGAUGCCAGAAUAACGACGAUAUAAUUUUGAAAUGUGCAUUUGCAACUGCCAGAAAAUACGAGAAUGAACCAGUUUGUGUGGUAUUUGUUACAAAUGACAAGAAUCUUGCAAUCAAAGCAGCAGCACAUAAUAUUAAAACGGCUGACAGAAAUGAGUUGUUGCAUUUGCUAACAACUGAUCCAUUAAGAGGUAAAAGUCAGCAGAUCGUGAUAAGAAAUAAUCGAAAGAUCUCGCCAUCGGACUUCUCGUUCACUCUUGUUGAUAAGCCAUCAUCAUCGGUUAUUAAAAAUGUGGAAGUUGAUGCACUCAAAAAGAUUGUAGACUGUUUACCUGCGCCACUUGGAUGCCGUUCUUCAUCACCAUCAUUUACACUUUCACCUCAAAAGAGAGAAAUUCCUUCGUGUAAUAGCUCAGUUUCAUCAAUAGAGGGCGGUAGCAAAGAUGAAUCCGGAAACUUUAUGCGUUUUAAAGAGGGAAGCUGUGGAGUGUCAGAUUUAGUCAAGCAUCGUGAGGUUCAUCAACAGCGACGAAUGCCUUAUUCAAUUCGAAAAGCGGAGAAGGAGGGUAGUGGAAGUGGUGGAAGGUUAUCUAGGAAGAGAAGAUUACGCCAAUUAAAUGAACAUUCCAUGGCUGAUUUUUUGGAAAUAUUUGCAAAACUCAUCCGACAUCUUAAACACAGGAGCGACAGGAAAUCAAUGGAAGAUAUAAGAAGAAUCAAUAAAGCUAUUGAUUUAGUUAUUGCUAAUGAGUCGUCCUCGCUGAGUGUUUUAAUCGAUAUGGUGUCGAAAUUUUAUGAUUUUUAUGCUGAUCGUGACGUUUUUUUAUCAGCGACACAUUUUGAUAAAAAGCAACUGGCAAAUGAAUAUGAAAGCGGUAUCAGUACAGUUAAGGAAAAGUUGUGCACAUUUCAAAAGCAACUGGUUGUAAAUCAUCCGCAUAUUAAUUAA